UUCCGGCCUUCUUAACAUGGGUCUUAUCCUAGGGCUCAGUUACUCCCAGCGUGCAGCACCCCACCUCUCUCAGCUGGGAUGGGAGGCAGGCGGAGGCUAUUUGCGGGGGCUGUGCCGGGUGGGCAGUUUUCCCAGAGUGAGGAGUGAAGGAUUGAGUUGGCGCAGGCUUCUUCAGAUACAGACUCUGCAGGCUGGAUGGCCAGCCUGUCCAGGCUAGCUUGAGCCCAAGAGCUGCCUCAGGCUCUGGCUUACUGCUCCAGGGGCUACAGCCCCAGACCUCAAGAGAGUGACAUGUCACAGGAGGCCACAGGGGGACCAGCAAUGCCAAGAGCAGGGCAUGGCCAGACUAAGGCUAAAGCACGAUUGCUUCUAGGCACUGACAGGAAGAGGAGCCACCUCAGCAGGACAAGGCAGGACCUUUGGGACAACACCAGCUGGAGUAAUCACAGAUCGAGCAGGGUCACCUCUGCCCCUCGAGGGACCAGAGCUAAGGGAGCAGCUCAUGGCAGGAGCGAAGCCAGCCCUGAGAAUGCAGCUCGGGAGCGGACCCGGGUGAGGACGCUACGCCAGGCAUUUUUGGCCCUGCAGGCUGCUUUGCCCGCCGUACCACCUGACACUAAGCUUUCCAAGUUGGAUGUGCUGGUGCUGGCCACGAGCUACAUAGCCCACCUCACCCGAACCCUUGGCCACGAGCUGCCUGGCCCUGCCUGGCCACCCUUCCUGCGUGGACUCCGAUACUUACACCCCCUCAAGAAGUGGCCCAUGCGCUCUCGUCUUUAUGCAGGAGGCUUGGGAUGCUCCAGCCUUGAUUCCACUACAGCCAUUGCUGCCAGCCAAAGAACCAGGGAUGGAGAGGAGGCUAAGAAGCCAUGAACCUUCAAAGUUUGGACCAAAACAAACCUUUCUUACUUUAU